GUAACUGUAAUUUUCACAUUCUUGCAGGUAAAACAGAUUGAAAAAAGGGACUCUGUUCUGACCCCAAAACAGCAAAUUGAAAGAUUGACAAGACCUGGAUCCACCUACAUCAAUCUAAAUCCAUUCGAAGUGUUACAGAUAGACCCUGAAGCAACAGAUGAAGAGCUGAAAAAGCGGUUCAGACAGCUGUCAAUCUUGGUCCAUCCAGACAAAAAUCAAGAUGAUCCUGACAGAGCACAAAAGGCUUUUGAAGCUGUUGACAAAGCUUACAAGCUGUUAUUGGAGCCAGAACAGAAAAAACGUGCUAUCGAUGUGAUACAAGCCGCUAAGGAAACGAUAGAACACAAUAUGAAAGAAAAAAGAAAGGCAUUGAAGAAGGAAGGAAAGUCACCUAUUUUGGAAGAGGAUGACCCUGAAAUCUUUAAGCAGUCGGUGCACAAACAAACUAUGAAGCUGUUUGCUGAAUUAGAAAUUAAAAGAAAGGAGCGUGAAGCCAAGGAUAUGCAUGAAAGGAAACGACAAAGAGAAGAGGAAAUUGAGCAGGAAGAGAAAGCAAAACGUGACAAAGAAUGGCAGAAAAAUUUUGAGGAAAGUCGGGAUGGUCGUGUCGAUAGCUGGAGAAACUUUCAAGCCAAUAAAAAAGGCAAGAAAGAGAAGAAACAGAGGAGUUUCCUCAAGCCACCAAAGGUUAAGAUGGAGCAGCGAUAAGGCCAUCUGAAAAUAUUUCAGAGAAAUAUAAUAGGAAAUGACAAACGCAAACAACUAUAGCAAAGUUUACUCCAGACAAUGUUCUUCUCUUAGGAGUAGUGUUUGCAGUUUAGUGACAGAAUUUUUUUUUCUCCCCCUGUCUGUUCUACUGACUUGUAAGUGUUGUAGUCGCUAUUAUUAUUUUUUAGUUUUAUCCCUGAUGAUCUAUGUAGCAGGGCUUCACUGCUUCCUGAUUCUAAAUCAAUUUGAUGUAAAUGUACAGUAUAAAAGAGGUUGAUAAUGGCCUUCUAUCCUUUUGAAAACCUUUAAUUUUUAAGCCCUGUAAUUUAACGUUUUGUAACCUUUUUGUACUGUGAACAAUUUGUCUAUCUUUAGUCAUCAAAGAUAAUCAUUAAAAGUGUUUGGAAAUAACAAA